GAGUGCAGCUGAUUUUGAGUGCAGCUGGGGAAGAUGAUGGGCUUUGGAUAGGGUCAUGUCAGGUGGUACGCGAUUGGGGUUUUGCUGGAGGCUGGGGGUGGCGGCAAUGGGAUGAUUGUGGCGGGCCGGAGAUGGAGCGGUAGCUGCUGCGAUUUGGGUUGUCGAGGCUGUUGUGAGGUUUUCCUGAAAGGGGUUUGCAGAUUGGGGAUGGGAAUCGGGAAUUGGACAGGGGAUGGGGAUGGGGAUGGGGUUUGGGGUUUGGACAGGGGUUUGGAGAUUCAGCUGUUCAUCGAUCUGUGGCCACUUGAAAGAGCUUGCAACAUUGUCACUUCGAUCUCUGGGUUGUACAUGUCGCCGUCCAGGUUCCUUACUGGCCUUAAAGAAAGUUAUGGUAAUCCAAGGGCAGUUUUAGCUCUCAGGUUGCAAUGUUUUACUUUCAUGAUGAGUUUACCUUGAUGAAGGGGAUUGGACUCCUCACAACAAUGGUUGGUGUCAGUUUGUUCAACUGGUAUUAAUAUCAAAAACUACAGAAAGGCCAGCUAAGUGAAAAUGCUGAAGAAAUAGGGUCUCCGACUGCUAAUGGAGCUGCAAAGUAUUCUAUCCUUGAGAAUAUGGAUGACCAGUAUGAUGAACUUUGACAGCACCCAGGAUUAUAGGACUCUUCAUAAGUUAUAAGCUGAAAGAAAGUGAUGAACAUUUUUGGUUUUCUCUUUCUAAACAUAGCCAAAUUCCACUCUAACAAUGUAGGGUUCCCAAAUAUGACUCUGAUGUGCAUCUUAGAGACUGCUGAAUCAUAGGAAAAUCAUUGAAUGUCACAGAUAAUAAGUUUUUCUUUUAUAUAUCAGCUACAUUUCUUGAUAAUAAGAAAUUUUGAAGGUGUUGAGAUCGACAUAUAGGGGUUUAGAAAA